AUGGAUGAGCACCUCGCGCAGCUGCUCGCAAACACCCACGACAAAAACGACGGCCCCCGCAAACAAGCCGAGCUCGACCUCCUGCACGCCCAGCAGAAUCCCGAGUACCCCUUGUCACUAGCCCGCAUUGGAGCGCACACGGGCGCCCCCGUUCAUAUCCGCCAGUCGGCCUUGACCACUCUCCGAAAGUUUGUUGAGAAAAAAUGGGCACCGGACGACGGUGAGAGCGUCCCGGUGGACGACUCAACAAAGGAGUACCUGCGGAAUGCGAUCCUCGAAUUGGUGUUAAGCCCCGAGGAUGAGCGCAAAGUCAAGGUUGCCGCAAGUUAUGUCGUCUCCAAGAUUGCCAUAGCCGAUUUCCCUCACCGAUGGCCCGCCCUUCUCCCCUCUGUCCUUGGUGUCAUGCCUUCCGGAACCGAUGCACAACUCCAUGGGGCAUUACGGAUCCUGCAGGAUUUGGUCGAGGAGAGUCUGACCGAUGAGCAGUUCUUUGGUGUGGCUCGGGAUAUCAUCAAGUCCUGCUAUGACGUUGCUCUCAACGAGAACCGGAAAGAGACACACCGCAGUUUGGCAGUUCUUGUUUUCCGCAGUUGCUUUGACCUGAUGGAUAUCGUAAAGGACGACCAUAAGAAGGAGGUCAAAACAUUUGCCGAAGAAGUCCUCAGCGGAUGGUUACCAUUCUUGGAACAAGUCAUCAAAACACCGCUCCCACCGCCGGUCGAGAGCUCGGGCGCGGAGCCGACCAUCCGUCCAGGCCCGAUCAUACUAAAAGAUCAAGCAGUCAAAACCCUGAUCAAGAUCCGGACCGUUUUCCCUACCCUUCUUCUCCCACAGAGUCUUUCCCUGUUUACUACCACUUGGGAAGAGCUCUCUCGGUUGGCACCAUCGCACCAAUCUCUAUUUAUCGACUCUGACGCCCAGAGCCGACUCGAGGAUCUGGAUGGGCUUCCAUUUACUCUUGACUUCCUUGUGCUGGACGAGCUGGAUUUCCUCAACCAAUGUAUCCGUGCGCCGCCGGUCCAGAAGCAACUCGAGGCUGAGAUCAAGUCGCGCGGUGCUGUUCACGAUACCCCCUGGGUGUUGGAUCUUAUGGGCCUACUGGUGUCGUACUCGCAGAUCACGCAGGAAGAAGAAGGGCUGUGGGACAUUGAUAUCUCACUAUACCUCGCCGACGAAACUGCUGUCUCGUCCAACUACACCGCGAGGACGGCCAGCAGCGAUCUUCUCAUUAAGCUUGGGGAGUGGCUCGACAAGGCCGCGCUCGAGGGUCUAUUUGCUUACACCAAGGCCCUAUUUUCAGCAGAGGGCUCGAGCUGGCAGAAGCGUGAAGCUGCCUUGUACCUGUUUAACGCUAUUCUCAAUGAUUUCCAGGACUGUGAGAAAGCGGUGCCGCCCGAAAUCGCAAAUGCCUACCUUGAGCUCGUCACAUACGCUAUCAACAGACAAGACGAGCCAAUGCUCCGUGCCCGCGGCUAUCUCGCUGCCGGCGCACUGGCACCGGUUUACCAACCCGCCGUUGGCCUACUCGAUAAUGUCAUCGAUUCGAUCACUAGGGAUGAAUCUGAACUUGUGCAAGCCGCCAGUGUCAAGGCAGUCGAAGGUUUUAUCAAGGGUGGAGCUCCCGUGGACCGUCAAGUACCCAUAAUACUGGCCAUCCAGCGUCUCCUGGAAUCCAAGGAUCUGAGCGACCUUGAAGACGCGGACGACCUGCUCGUCACCCUCUUGGAGACUCUGCGUGCCACUAUCAGCAUGGACACCAGGAUCGCUAUCCAGCCGGACAGCAAGGCGGUUGACCUACUGUUCCUGAUUGCGAAGCACGGUGCGGCCAUCUUCCAUGUUGACCUUCUUGUUUGUGAUACCUUUGAGGACAUUGCGAGGACUUUCAAGGACAACGAGGGGCCGCUCAAGGAUAUGGAACACCCACGUCUCUAUGCUGCGCUCUGCGCCAAAGUUUUGCCGUCCAUCACUGGUACCUUCGACGUUGCCAACCUCACCCAGGACGAACCGCUUGUUACCCUGGCCGCCGAACUGUUGUCACUCCUUCUUCAGCAUGGGUCUGAGCCACUCCCGGAUGGCUUUGUCGCCGCCACGUUACCCAAACUCCACCAUCUUCUCAUGACGUCGGCUGAAGGCGAUAUCCUUCGCCCCGGCGCAGAGGCGGUUAAGUACAUUCUCAUGCACGACCAUAAGCAGGUCUUCAGCUGGCAGGACGAAAACGGCCGGUCUGGUCUUGAGGUGUGCCUGCGUAUUAUUGACCGUCUUCUCGGCCCGGACAUUGAGGAUACUGCGGCUUCUGAAGUGGGAGGUUUGGCUGCGGAGUUAGUAGAAAAGGCUGGACAUGAGAGGCUUGGCCCCUUCUUGCCUCAGCUUCUUCAGGCAGUUGCCACGCGGCUCGAGACCGCCGAAGCGGCUCCGUUCAUUCAAUCGUUGAUUCUGGUUUUUGCUCGUCUGUCGCUCGUGGGCGCGCAAGAUGUGGUCAACUUUCUCAGCGACAUCCAAAUCAACAGGCAAGUGGGCCUGCAGGUCGUCCUCGGCAAAUGGCUCGAGAACUCGGUCAACUUUGCUGGGUAUGACGAGAUUCGCCAAAACGUCAUCGCUCUCUCUAAGCUCUACUCUCUCAACGAUUCCCGUCUAGCUCAGACGAUGGUCAAGGGCGACUUGAUCAUUGCCAACACAGAUAGGAUCAUGACUCGGUCAAGAGCUAAGCUCAAUCCGGACACGUACACCAUCAUUCCAGCCCCACUCAAGAUCCUCAAAGUCCUCAUCGAAGAACUCGUUUCCGCGUCCGGUCUCCAAGCCGCCGCCAACGUCGCCGCGGCCGCGGCCACCGACCUCGCCGAAGAAGACGACGAAGCCGAUAAUGACGGGUGGGAGGAUGAGCCAGACGACACAUUGGACCUGGCACUGGGCAGCACCAAAGCCGACCUGAUGGGCUGGAUCGAAGGCGGUAACAUGCGGCAGCGCGACGACGAGACACAAGCCUACCUCAUCGAGUUCUUCAUGCGUGCCGACGGCGAGAAUAUUGCGGAGUUCCAGAACUGGUGUGGGAUGCUGACCGACGACGAGAAACGCAAGGUCAAAGAGGCGGCGCAGUAG